AUCAGUCUAAAAAUGAUCAAUGCCGAGUUGACGAAUCGACUGAGCCUAUUGCUGAGAGCAACUUCGGAGUAUGCUGCGUCUGUUGAGUUGUCGGGUCUGGGGCUUGGUCCGGGUUCUGAUAUGAGUUCAGUGUUGCAUGGAUUGGACAAGAUGAGUUUGGGGGACGGGGUUAACGAAGACAGGAGAAACAGGGGAGAUGAUGUGGAGGGUGCUGGGGAGAAUACCAGUCAGGACACUAUGGUGGAUACGGAUCUGGCUGAAGGAAGUGAGAAUGAUGAAGUGAAUCGGGUUUCCUUGCCAAAAAGUAUCUCUGUUCGGUCUGAUAGGAAAUUGAAGACUGUUCAAACUGGUGGAAGCAGCGAAGGGCAGAUAUAUAAGCAAAGGGUGUACGUUCCAGGAAGCGAAAAGGAGAAGCAAACUGUUGAGCUGGAGGUCUACAAUCAGGGAAUGUUCAAAACCGAGUUGUGUAACAAAUGGCAAGAGACCGGGGAAUGUCCCUAUGGAGAGAACUGCCAAUUUGCUCAUGGAAUUAAGGAGCUGCGCCCUGUACUUCGCCACCCAAGGUACAAGACUGAGGUAUGCCGCAUGGUGUUGAGCGGUGAUCACUGCCCUUAUGGACACCGAUGCCACUUCCGCCACACCCUCACUGAUGAGGAGAAGCUCAUCAGAUCCAUGAACAUCAGGCCUCUAAAGCCACUCAAUCGUUAGGUCCAUGAUUAUAACUCCCCUCAAUGAUGUUAGACAACUGCAGAAGUCUUGGCUGGUAUGCAACGGUGUUUUUGUUCUUCAAAGUAAGCAAAAGAUUAAUAGGCAAUAAGGCUAAGGUCCACUGAUGUGAUAAUACUAACUGCUUGAUUAAAAAUAAAACUGUAUGAUCCGUAGUCAAGGAGAUUAAAGGUAACAUUUCUCGGCAGUGCACCUUUGAUGAGUUAGUGUGCACUGUUUACGUGGUUGUUUUUAGUUCAUGAAACGAAGGAGCAAUAAGAAGCAAAUGAUAGAGAUCUUUUUGGAUUGUGAUAUGCACACGGCUAUGUAACUAUGUAAGCAUUUCCUUGAAAUUGCAAAUAUUUGACAUU